CUUGGAGGCUGUGCGUUCCAGGACUCGUUGCGGGGAACCGCGUUUUGGUCCCGCUACACUGUUGUCAUGGAAACCCCGCCGGGUGGUUCCUGCACGUUUAUCCGGUGAUAAGUAGAACCGGCGGAGGAAGUCUACAGAAGGCCGCAGGGAGUCGCCAUAGACCGUCUGCAUACAGACUCCGUGCCUCCGACCGGCCUGUCAAACCGAGUGGAGCCUGGGGCCUAGAGUGAUCCCUCGCCAUGAGCGAGUUCCGCAUUCACCACGAUGUCAACGAGCUCAUCAGCUUACUGCGCGUGCACGGGCCGGAGGGGGCCGAGCUGUACAUCGAUCUCUUGCAGAAGAACCGCACCCCGUACGUCACCACCAGCGUGUCCGCGCAUGGUGCGAAAGUUAAAAUUGCGGAGUUUUCCAAGACCCCCGAAGAUUUCCUUAAGAAAUACGAAGAGUUAAAAUCGAAGAACACCCGAAAUCUGGACCCUCUGGUUUACUUACUCUCCAAGCUAACAGAAGACAAGGAGACGUUGCAGUAUCUGCAGCAGAACGCCAAGGACAGGGCUGACUCCGGCGGCGUCUCUGCCGGCAGCGUCCCCGUUCCACCCACCGCCUCCAAGAUCUCCAUGCAGGAGCUGGAGGAGCUCCGCAAGCAGCUCGGCAACGUAACCACGUCGGCGACCGGCGGCCCGCAGCCCGUGGAGGUUCUGCGCAAGGUUCUUCGGGACAAGCUGCACAAGAAGACCCCCGGACAGCACGUUCCGGUGUUUCCUUCCUGGGUUUACGAGAGGCCGGCGCUUAUUGGGGAUUUCUCGUCCGCCUCGGGCCCCGGCACGGAUGUCACGGUGUCCAUAGGAACUCUUCCCUUACCUGCUCAAGAAGCCUCCGUGGUGGAGGAUCUGCUGUACGUGCUCGUUGGGGUCGACGGACGCUAUAUCGCCGCGCAGCCCCUCGUAGGAAGACAAAGCCGCUCCUUCCAGGUGGAUCCGAACCUGGAUAUGUCGAUAAAGGAGCUGGUCAACCGGAUCCUGCCGGUGGCCUCCUGCUAUUCCACUGUUACCAGAUUUAUCGAAGAGAAGUCCUCCUUCGAGUACGGCCAGGUGAACCACGCCCUGGCCGCCGCCAUGAGGACCCUGGUGAAAGAGUACAUGAUCCUCAUCACCCAGCUGGAGCAUCUCCAGCGGCAGGGGCUGUUGUCCCUUCAGAAGCUCUGGUUCUACAUUCAGCCCACGCUCAGGACCAUGGAGGUCCUUGCGUCCCUCGCCACCUCGCUGGAUAAAGGCGAGUGCCUCGGCGGGGCCACGCUCAGCCUGCUGCACGACCGGACCUUCGGCUACACCGGGGACAGCCAGGCUCAGGAGUUGUGUCUCUACCUGACCAAGGCGGCCAGCACUCCCUACUUUGAGAUCCUGGAGAGAUGGAUCUACCGGGGAAUCAUCAACGACCCUUACAGCGAGUUUAUGGUGGAGGAGCACGAGCUGAAGAAGGAGAAGAUCCAAGAAGACUACAACGACAAAUACUGGGAUAAGCGGUACACCAUCGUGCAGCAGCAGAUCCCGUCCUUCCUGCAGAAGGUGGCCGACAAGAUCCUCAGCACAGGUAAAUAUCUGAACGUCGUCCGAGAGUGUGGCCGAGACGUCACCUGCCCGGACGCCAAGGAGAUCAUCUACACCUUGAAGGAGAGGGCGUACGUGGAGCAGAUCGAGAAGGCCUACAGCUAUGCCAGCAAGGUGCUGCUGGACUUCCUGAUGGAGGAGAAGGAACUGGUAGCUCGUCUCAGGUCCAUAAAGCAUUACUUCCUGAUGGACCAGGGAGACUUCUUCGUCCACUUCAUGGAUCUGACGGAGGAGGAGCUGAAGAAAACCGUGGAGGACAUUAUCCCGACGCGUUUGGAGGCCUUGCUGGAGCUGGCCCUGAGGAUGAGCACGGCCAACACCGACCCCUUUAAGGACGAUCUAAAGGUCGAGCUGAUGCCUCACGACCUCAUCACCCAGCUCCUCCGCGUGCUCGCCAUCGAAACGCAUCAGGAGAAGGCCCUGAUUAACGCGGACCCCACCGAGAUUGCGCUGAGCGGCCUGGAGGCCUUCUCCUUCGAUUACAUCGUCAAGUGGCCCCUCUCGCUGAUUAUAAACCGAAAGGCUCUGACACGCUAUCAGAUGCUCUUCCGGCACAUGUUCUACUGCAAACACGUGGAGAGACUCCUGUGUAACGUGUGGAUCGGCAACAAGGCUGCCAAGCGGUUUGCGCUUCACUCGGCAAAGUGGUUUGCGGGGGCUUUUACCCUUCGCCAAAGAAUGCUGAAUUUUGUACAGAACAUACAGUACUACAUGAUGUUCGAGGUGAUGGAACCGACGUGGCACAUCAUGGAGAAAAACCUUAAACUGGCGUCCAAUAUCGAUGACGUCCUAAACCAUCACACCAACUUCCUUGACAACUGUCUGAAGGAUUGCAUGCUCACCAACCCGGAGCUGUUGAAGAUCUUCUCCAAGCUCAUGUCCGUCUGCGUCAUGUUCACAAACUGCUUGCAGAGGUUCACGAAAAGCAUGCAAGUGGAGACGGAGAUGGAGAGGCUGACGUUGGAACACGGCACGAUGAUGGGGCCUCCUACGCACAGCGAGAGAAGCGACGAGGACGUGAAGAAGAAGCUCACCUCUAAGUAUCUGGCGGAACACGUCGACGCGUUUCAGUCUUCAUCCGGCUUCGAAGCCACCAUCAACAACUUUGACAGCAACUUCUCCACCCACCUGCUCGAUCUGCUGGACAAGCUGAGCAUGUACAGCACCAACGACUGCGAGCACAGCAUGAUUAACAUCAUAUACCGGUUGGACUUCAAUGGGUUUUACACCGAGAGGUUGAAGCAGCUGUCGGCCGAGAGAAGCCAGAAAGCCCCCCCCACGGUCGGACCUCCGCGGCAGCCGGUGCCCGUUCAGUGACCUCCUCCUGCGUCCGAAGACAGCCGUUCUUCUUCUCCUAAGAUUCGCGUCUUAUGUAAAUAGAGCAUUCGAAAGAUGCCACCCAAGACAGAGGCGUCUGUUUGAAAACAUUCAAGUCCCGGGGUGCUGCUAAGCCCCUCCCCUUCGCUUAGAGCGGCCGAGCCUCAUUGGCCAGCAGCAUAGCUUGCCGACAGAACGGACAGCUCGAUGCCCUAGCCCCAAGCGUAAGACGCCGUGGGAGCCAAAGAGAACCCAACGCAGGGGGUGAGAACGGAGAACAACCGGAUCCACUAAAGGGUUAAUAGUUCUUCUGAGCUGCUUAUUUUACCAAACCCCGCCCCUCCCCCGAGGAUCGUAACUAUUCCCGUAUCGCGCUGACUCGUGCGACCCCUUUGGCCCCCAAACCCUCUACGUAUUGUAUUGUUUGCUUUCUAUAAUAUAUCCUAAAA